AUGGAGAGAGUUGCUAGAUGUGAUGACAACAUUUUAUCCAAUUGGGGACAUGAUCGAGCUGGGUAUCUGCCUCAUCAUCAUUCACACAGAAUUAAAUCGCCAAGGCAUGUUCCAGCCAAUCUUCGAAGUCGUCGUCAAAAGCAUAGCCUCGCGAACAGUCCCAAGAUUUGUUCUCCCCAUCGAAAACAUUACACUUCCGAAGAUUUUAACAUGCACAGCCCAUUCCUAGCUCUUCCGACUCUUUCCAACAAGGCGAACCUGAAGCCUGCUCCCCGCCCGUCAUUGAGCAGAAAGUCCAGCCGAAAACUAUUGCAUCGUCGUUCGAAAUCGCGAGAUCUCUCUCUACCAGUGCUACCGCUUGGAGGGAGCAAUUACAAAGAGCUCAAAGUGUACCGCAACGAAGCUGAAUUCUUGAUUCAAAAUCAACAGAGCUUCACCAAUGAGGACUUUGAGGCGGUUUUGGCGGCUCUUGCUGAGGAAAGCAAGAUUGAUCAAAAGUUGAAAGAGCAGGAAGAAGAGUCGCUAACGUUGGCGCAGGAACUAGCUUCUGGGGAAUUCAUGGAAGCAAGGCCUUCCACCAGCGAAUCAGAUGACAUGGAAGCUCUUGCGGUGGCUAUGCGUGCCGAGAUCAAUGAAAAUGAUGCCAUGAGACGCCAGGAGGAGGAGUCCUUCCGUUUUGCCUGUCACCUGGUGUCACAAGAAGCCCAAGCGUAUGGCCUACUCAACAAUCAUCAUUCCUCCUCCUCAUCGUCAUCUCCACCAUCUCCGUCCUCAUCAUCCUCAUCAUCAUCAUUGUGGAGCACGGGAUGCUUCGAGGAAGAGGAAAAGAAGGGAACGGAAUCCAUGUCUGAACUGUGCAGCUCGUGCUCGACUAAUGGUAGUGAGUUAGGAGCCGGUCAAGCCCCCCUGCUGCAAUGCCAAGCUUGCCACUUGGACAUUGAAGACGAAGAGACCCUUCGCGAAUUGCCCUCCUGCGGGCAUCACUUUCAUGCCUACUGCAUCAAUCGAUGGUUCCUCAUGAACAAGAAAGAUUGCCCAUAUUGCCGCCAAUCAGUGUAG